UUCUUUCUAUUCUGUCUCCGUCAUUGACCGGCUGGCCGACCACGACGCGGUUGCAUUUUCUUUACCACAUUGCUGUGAAAUAAUUGGUAACCUCUUAUACCACAAUGGCCGAACCACGUGAAAGGACAUUCCUCAUGAUUAAACCUGAUGGCGUCCAAAGGGGCCUUGUUGGGCAAAUUAUAGAACGUUUUGAAAAGAAAGGCUUCAAAUUGGUAGCAUUGAAAUUCGUCUGGCCAUCGGAGGAACUUUUGCAGAAACACUACAGUGACCUAUCCGCACGUCCCUUCUUCCCUGGACUUGUCAAAUACAUGAGCUCCGGACCUGUUGUUCCCAUGGUCUGGGAAGGUUUAAACGUUGUCAAGACUGGUAGACAAAUGCUUGGUGCUACAAAUCCUGCUGAUUCUCUGCCUGGCACCAUCCGUGGGGAUCUCUGCGUUGAAGUCGGUCGGAACAUUAUCCACGGAUCUGACAGUGUUGACUCUGCUAACAAGGAAAUUGCUCUCUGGUUUACUGAAAAGGAACUUGUUGGGUGGACCCCAGCUGCAGAAAAAUGGGUUUAUGAAUAAACAUACCUUCAUAAAAUUCCCAGUUAUUGUUAAGCUUGUAACUAAUCAAAAUAUAAAUAUAUUGUAAA